AAACCACCAACACUACUCAACUCUGCAGAAUGAGUUUGCUACAAGGCGUGCUUAAAUCGCAAUCACAAACUCAUGAUUUGAAUGGACUUUCUCUGUCUUCCAGGCAAUCUCAGCCCGAGAAUGACUCAGAUGAUGAGCUCGUUGGCGUGUUCUCACCACCAGGGACGCCAGCAAGGUCGAGGGGACCUUCACGCCCCGCUUCACGCCCCUCUUCACGCCCCUCUUCACCCACCAGAAGAGGUCCUACUCGCUUGGCGAGUGGACUGCCAAUGAAGGGUCUCUCGACUGACCCCCUAAAGGCAUUUCCAACUCAAGUAUCGCAAAGCAUUUUCAGGUGGCUUGGGAUAUCCGAGCUCGUGACUUGCGCUAGGGUAUCGAGAAAGUGGAAUAAGAGUCAGACGCUAAACUACAUUUGGUUUCAGCAUUACAGGAAGGAAAAUUUUCAUGACGACAGUCUUCCCCCUGGAAAGUGGACCAGGAGGGAGUCGAAACAGAAUUGGCGCAUGGUUUACAUCAAUUCUGUGUCGAAUCGCUCGCCUCCGUCAUCACCGUUACCUUCGAGAGGCUCAGGCCGCACUUCACCAUCACAGUCCGGUUAUCAGACGCCAAAGGAGCUUAAAGAGGAGCAAUGGCGGCAAGAGGAGCUUACGCAAAGCCGGCCGGGCAAGGUGGAGAUGAGAGAAAUGUAUAAGGAGCUGGGUGGCCGUAAGAGCAAGACCAAAACAAAGUUGGGAAGCUCGGGCGGCCAUAGAGAUCGAACGGGUUGGGGAGAAGGAGACGAUGAUUGAACAAUGAAUGACAUGAAAGGCAAGAUGGUAUGUACAUAUAAAUUUAUAGCUUUCUCGGAGAUUAUUGCAAGAGCUGUGGGAUAUGUAAUAUUGAUUCACAAUCGAUAUAAGACAUGAUGAAUUUUU